AGUUGAAGUUCACAUGUACACACACGUAUUGUGGACUGUGGCAGGUGGAUUGGAAUAUCGAUCGGACUAAUAUGCAGCCUUUUAUUGCUCAACACCUGAUGCGCUAGGGAUUUAGAAGCACGAGAGGGUAAGAAUGAAGAAACUUCUCAGCUGAAGAUUUGAAUACAUCAGAAGAAAUACAAUAAUAAAAAAAUUAAAGAUGGAGAAAAGCGGUGAUACAGAGAGUGGAAGGGUGGAAAGUCCAAAAGCCAGCCAGUACAGAAUAGUCCCCGAACGUCGCAUUGCGAUACGACCUUUAUCAGCCAGAGCAAAGAAAUCCCCAAAAGAUGGAGGCUCAGAUGUUCCACAGCUCGACCUUGAGCGACCACGGCGACCUUGGACAGCGCACCCAAAGACACGGUCAGAUAUGUCAGCCAAUAGGGUUGCGAGACCGGCUCAUCUCAGAAAGUCCCACAUGCGGCCCCCAGUAAGAACCACUCUGCCGGAAACCACGGAGGAAGGAAAACUCAGUGUGAUGGGACUGGACACACAGGCUAUGCUAGGCUUCACGCCACAGACCUAUCAACUCCCCACAGCCUCCACUGACCUGGGUCAAGGGGUCAGGACCCUUGUCUCAGAUGACCAGAAACCAAAAACACCAAAGGAGGGUUGGGCCGUUACUAAGGUAGCAGAUAGCAACAGGGACUCCACCCCAGAACGGUCUAAGAAACGACACCCUUCAUUUGAGACCUGGGUGUCUGGAUCUCCUCAUGACUCAGACGAGUAUGACACAGACCUGGAAACAGAUUUACUCAAAAACCUGGAAAUUGUAGAGGGCCAGGACAAGAAGAAAAAAAUGAGAAUAAAGAGGCGGCGUUCUCCAGAAGAAGAAUACCCCGCAGACCCCACAGGUAAAUCUGUGUACCAGGACCAGUGUCAGAGACAAGGUGUAGUGCCAGUUUCCUUCCUGUUCCGUCACCUUGGCGACAGGAACCUGAGGAUGAGACACCAUUACCUAGGAGGUGAAGGAACCAAACCGGUGGCUGCAGCACUUCAGUUCAAUACAGUGACUGAAGCACUUGACCUCGGUGACAACUACCUUCAGGCUGAAGGGGCCAUGUACCUGGCUAGGAUGAUGAGGGACAACACGUUUAUAGUUUACCUGGAUAUUUCAAACAAUUUUAUUAAAUCGUCUGGUGCUGAAGCCAUAGCAGAGAUGUUAGAAGUCAACACAACCCUCAAGACAAUAUGUCUCGCAGGAAACCAGCUCAUUGACAAAGAUGCCUACCUGUUUAUCGACGCCCUGAGGAGCAAUAUAUCCCUCACAUCUCUCGACUUCAGCAACAACAACUUUGGGGAGAUGGCCGGCGUCUAUAUAGGGGGCGCUCUGGCAAUAAAUGACAGUUUACAUGACCUUGACCUCAGUUGGAAUGCUAUAAGAGGCAAAGGAGCUGUAGCUGUGGCAGAGGCCUUAUAUAAAAACAAUACUUUGGAGGUAUUAGAUCUGGCCUGGAAUGGCUUCGGUGUAGCUGGAGCAGCAGCCUUACAACAAGCUCUAAGGGUUAACACUAAACUCAAGGUGCUCGACCUCAGCAACAAUCGACUAAACAAAGAAGCAGCCAAACAUCUGUGUGGGGGGAUCAGUCAGAACUUUGGUCUGGAGACAUUACUGUUAAAUCUAAAUCCACUGGCAGACGACGGUAUAGAACUCAUUCUGCAGGGCUUGGCGAAACAGGAGAGUCUACGUUACGUUUCACUCGAGAACUGUGGGGAGAUGAAUGUCAAUCCCACUAACUACAAAACAAUCAAGGAGAUGGAAGCAGCCAGGGAUAUCAGCAUCCUCCACGGCGGCAUGGGCGGAUAUCAGAGAUACUCAUCCCAGGCCAGUGUCCUGCGUGUUCUGUCUCAAUUCCUCCGGGAGCACCGGUCACAGCUGACUGAAGCAUGUACUCUACAGGACAAGGACAAGAGUGGCAUACUGUCUACAGAUGAACUCAAGGUGGCCUUCCGAGAGGCAGGACUCCGACUCACCAAUAAGCAGAUGAGCCUGUUGAUAGAUGACAUAGACUCCAGACAUACAGGAAGUGUACCAUAUGGUGACAUUCUCAGUGGGAAGGCGUUAGGUGAUUUUUAUGACAGGAAGCCCUCUGUGAAUGCCACUGUAGCCACCACCUACAGCUCCAGACCUGGCAGUGGCCACAGCAGCUUCGGACAACACGUUACAGUGGCCUAGCUGCCACACUGUUGAAUAGUUACAUCAAUAUAGAUCACCAUUCAUUCUGAUCUUGCUUUUUAUCAAGCAGACAAUUGUUUUAUUUGGUUGCUUCAUUUAACUGGUAAUGAAAUAAAUCAAGAAGAAAUUAUUUUCUGGUACAAUAUAAUUACUCAAAUAUCAAAGAUAAUGUAUUUGUAAAAAUAUCGUAUAUCUAAAACUUAGUAAUAAUACAAAUACACUUUAUACCAGGAAUGCUUCAUUGGGAAAAUGAAAACAAUGUUUGAACUUUUUUAUAAAUGCAAAAAGAACUUUUUUUUUUUUAAAUUGAUUUUGAUUAUUUGUCAAGUAAUCACAAAAAAGUCCAGGUAGCACACUUUCUCAUGGAGUUUGUCAGUCCCACCCCUUCCCUGCAUAAUUAUUAGCCUUCUUGAUUUUAUUUCCUGAACUUUGUGUGAUCUAAGGUCAAGGUCGUAGUUUGAUUUAUCUAGUCAUAUACCUGGGUAUACGGUUACAUGUAGCUGUAUAAUUGUAAGUAACAUACAUUACAUUAUAAUACAAUAUCUUGUGAAAUUUACAUAAUUCUCAGAAGCAGAAAGUGAUAAAAACAUUGGUGCAAAAAUAUUAAAAGUAGAAUAUGUUAACAAAUAUUUAAGCAUAAAUUGUUUAAAUGAUUAAGUAUUUGUACUGUUCAGCCAAAAUUCUUUCUAAAAGUAUAAGAACACAAGUAGAUAUGAAUGAAAGUUGGGUACAUUGUAUUCAUUAUAUGUUCAUUGUAGUGUUUUCAUUUUUAUAUGCGAUGCAAAUUUUGAGAUAUUCACUGUAUAUUUAAGAUUGAUUUUCAUAUUAGUCAUUUUAGCAAAUCCCAUCAAAAUUUUUACUUAUUUGAUGUUGUUUUUGCAGUUGAUUUUUUUUUUUAUAUUACUAAAAGAUUUGUCCAUUGAUUUAACUCAGUGCUGAUGUUUUAUGAUUUUAAAGUUAUGUCCCCUUCCAAUUUCUUCAAGUGCAUAUAGUUUUGUUGAUGUCUUCCAUUUGUUUGAUAAUCAGUUUUAGUUUAUACAAUGUAUCCCAAUGAAAAUCCCUCCAAACAAUGUACUGAGUGACGCCAGGCUGUGACCAGAGGAGUUAAAGGAUCAUUUGUUGUCAUUUAGAUAAAGAGUUUAACUUAGUCAAAAUCAGUGACUGAAAAAUCAUGUAUUUGGAUAUAACAGGAUAGUCAUUUGCCAUUUGUAUGUUUAUUUCAUUCCUAUAAUAAACCUGCUGUGCUAAUUUUUGUGGUUAGAAAAUAUAGUCUUCAUUGAAGAUUUUAGAGAAUUCCUAUAAUAUUUCUAUAAGUAGAUCUUCCUUAAAAUUUCCUUUACAUUAAAGGGAAUAUAUAAAUGGAUGUUUCCUAUUUGUACAGGACAGAUAGCUCCUUCAAGAGUUAAACUUACUGCCAUCAAGUUUUUAACAGGACCUUCCAGAUAUAUCCGGCAGUGUAAUAAAAGGAAAACAGACGUUCAAUUAAUGUUCCUAGUAAACAUAUCUAGUGAUCCUCAAAACAAACCAUAUUAUUAUCUAUCAAUUAUGGACAAAUCAGAUAGAAAAUAUUGUUUUGUGAUUACAACAUCUGAGAUUUAAGUUUAGAAAUUUGUUCUUGUUAAAUUCAUUCAAGACAGUUCAAGAUAUACACCUGUUAGGAAGGGAGGUAACUCUAGCAGUUACAGUACAUUAUUUGUGUACUUUUACAAAGAGAUUCCAUCUUAUUGGUGGGAUGUCAGAGAAAACAUAUCAUUAGAUUUUUAUGUAUGCCAAAAAUGAAUCAAAGUGUCAUAGAAUCUCAUCACUUUUUAAUAUCAGCCGAAUGAAUAAAGAUAUUUACUUUAAUCAGAUCUUAUCUAAAACUGGCCUCCACCAUUGUUUGUUUUACCUAAUUUAAAUGUUUCAGUGCCUUUAUGUACAUUGAUACUCAUUUUUUUAUGUUACUUGUUUAUUUUGUCUUUAUUGACAAAGAUUCAUUAGACAAUUUCAGUGUAGCUACAAUCACAAAUGAUACGCAUUUCUAGUUUCAUUUUACUGUAUAUUUACAUUGUUAGUUCUGUUAAUGACACAAUCAACAUAUAAGUAUAACAGUUUUAUAUCAUAAAUAGUUGCUAUGUUUUAUAUUGCUAUGUUUUAUAUGUUUU